AUACUUUUGUCAGCUGUCAUAAUUAAAAGUCCAACAAUCCAAAACGUAGAUAAAAAGGAAAUCAGUAAAUAAAACACGAUUAUGUUACGAAAUUUAAUAAAAAUACCAAAAACAUAUGAAAUUCAUAAAUUGCAGAUGGCGACGAAGGCUGUAGCAAGUGCCACAGUAAGAGCUGUAAAAAAACGAGUGCUUCCAUCCAGAGCAGCCCUUGUACUCACCCCUUCAGCUGUAAAUAAAAUCAAAGAAAUUAUGGCGAAAGAAGAAGCAAAGGGAUUUCUUGGUUUAAAAGUAGGAGUUAGGCAGAGAGGGUGUAAUGGUUUGUCAUACACAUUAGAUUAUGCAAAAACUAAAGACAAAUUGGAUGAAGAAGUAAAACAAGAUGGUGUCACAAUUAUUAUAGAUAAGAAAGCCCAACUGACUCUUUUAGGAACUGAAAUGGAUUAUGUUGAAGACAAAUUGUCAGCAGAAUUUGUAUUCAAUAACCCUAAUAUAAAAGGCACUUGCGGUUGUGGGGAAUCUUUCAGCAUAUAAAAGCAUUAUAUUUCACUAGUAUUAUUUGCAAGAAUCAUAUUUCAAAGAUCUAUUAAGAAUAGCAACUGAUCCAUCAUGUAACACAUUUUUAAAAUUCUUGCUUGUUAAUCUCAUUAAAUGCUAGUUAGACUAUGAGGAAGUCUUAAAAUAACUUAUGUGAUAAAUAGAGCACCUCUAUUUUUUUAAAUAUUUAUAUGUCAGGAAAAUAACAAGAACAACAUGUUUAUGAAUUUAUUUGGAAGUUUUGUAGGUUUCUAAACAAGAGAUGAAGUGUAUUACUUUACAUCCACAUUUCUGUAAAUUAAUAAACUUACUGAACUCACAUGUAAAGUAGUAAGUAAGCAAUAACUUUAUGACAUUUGUGCUCUGAUUUGUUGAAAGUGACAAGUUCCUUCUCUUUACUCUCCUCCACCUUUAAUUGCUACGGAGCAUAAAAAAAUCAGUUGCUCUUUUUUUUUGUAAUGUUGCUACUUGUUGUGUGUUGUUGCUCUUUUGUUUUGAAACUGUAAAAUAGUGUUAGGGACAUAAUGCCCAAGUAGACCUAUAAUGGGCAACAUAGAAACUGCCACUCUCAACAUGGAACACUCAGAGAGCUGUGUGCUAUUUGCCAUAUUUUAAAGAAACGUAAAAUUAAAAGCUUCUCUGUUAUUAGACAUACCAUUUAGAAUGAUAGGAAUGGAAUGGAUAUCAGUAAGUUUAUGAAUCAACUGUAAGAGAUCGAAAAAUAGGUUGUAAGAUAAUACAAUUUAUCUCUCAUUUAAAAUCCUGUGAAAGUUUAUAAACAUGAGUUCUUGUUAUUUUCCAGAGACAUAUUUAAAACAAUUGGGUCAACCUGUGAAUAUAAAAAGCAAAUAGGAUUUUUAGCAUAUAAUUUACCAUGUGUGGAGAGGCCAAGUAGGUAGGAAAGGAAAUUCAGGACAUCAUUUCUUAAUAGAACCUUAGCUUCUAUUUUAAGAAGGAGAAUGGAUAUCCUGGCAUUCAUAUGGAAGCCCAGGCGGAGAAGCUGAAAUACUGUGAUCAUUUUUGGAUCCAAAUGUGUAUAUUGUUUUUGUUGUAGCACCUACCAUUGUAUAGUUUUAACAUUUUAAUUAGGUCUGUACAUUUUUGUAGAAAGUAGAAUAAAUUAUGGAUAAUAGAAAAAUU